AUGGACGAAGCCGACUUUUCGGAAGAUACGACUUAUAAACAGGAGGACUUGCCCUAUGAUGGGGACUUCUCCCAGAUGAAGAUGUGCACUUCUUACAGUUUUAUCUUAACAAAUGACACCUUUCCUGUCCCUGUGGAGGCUGUGAUGGCAGGAGAAGACCUUCAGAAAAUGGCUGCUCACCGCGAGGUGCACCAGGACACAGCUCUGCCUGAGACUUGGGAUAAGAUGACUGAACAUGUCGUCAGCGACGGGCCUGAUAAAGAUGAGCAAUGCGCCUUGGCUUCUCCUGGUCCAGCCAAUAAAGAAGAUACGUCAAAGUCCCACGACUCAGACAGUUUACAACGUCAGCACUCCGGAGAGCAGUUCUUCAGGGGUCAAGGCGUUGGCUAUGAAACUUUCCUGGAGACCUCUAAAGCUGAAAGUCUUGAUGACUCAAUUACUCUUACAAAUAUCAUUUCAUGCUAUGCAAAAAAUUAUUACCCCAAAGAACAAACUCCAGAAUUGAGUGGCCAGACCAGUCCCCCAAAUGGUUCAGCAAACAGCAGCAAGCCCUGUUGCUCCACAAGCACAGACGGAGAAAUCACCCCUCCCUUAGGAAACCCAGUGACUGCUGGGAAGAGCAGCCAUCAGGAGGAUCCAAGCUUUCUAACGGGAACUAAAGGUCCCAGUGAUAAAUAUAAAAGCUGCCCAGGGCAGACACCCCAGAGACAACUGCCUGACAAAGCAAGCUCAGGCAACUGGUUCAGACACAGCCAGGCUCCAGUGCAGUACCAGUUGUUGCCAGAUUUGUCUAAGGUUGCUCCAAAAGUGAAAAUCUCUAAGAAUACUGUAACUGAUAAGCCACUUACAGUAGCUAACCAAGGCAGCUAUUCUCCUAGGUUGAGAAAUAAGACAACAGUUGUGCAAGAUAAUUUAGGAACUGUGUCUAGGUCAAAUCGUGUUGAAAAACAACCAGAGCAAAAACGGAAAUUUACUGAACCUUCGCAACACAUACAGGUGCAGCCUACCACACACACCUGCCAAGAACCUCUCACAGGACUUGAACCUGAGAAAAGUCACUUGAAUUUGACACCGACACCUCAAAAAGAUUCUUUCUCAAAUUCUUACAUAUUUCAAAAGAUUUCCCAAGGAAAACAGAUGUGCCAGAAACUGAAAGAACAGACUGACCAACUGAAGAAUAAGGUACAAGAAUUUUCCAAAAGAAUAAAACAGGACUCUCUCUGCCGUUUGCAAGACAUAAGACUGAUGACCAAGGAGCACGCUGGCUGUCUUCCAGGGCCCUGGGGUUCACGAGGAAGCGAGGUGACAGGGCCACCAAGGGGAGGACCAGUGGCAGCCACCUCCAAGGAGCUCAGCGAGCUGGCCCCGAAGAUGAAACAGAAAAUGGAGAAAAGGGGCCACAGAAGGACCAGCUGUGGGAAGGUUUCCAGUAGAAUCCACGAAAAAACACCGCCCCAAGAUUCGCCUCUCGGUUCUGAUCCAGGGUUCAGCUUCUAUCCUGAUCCUGGCACUGGGCUACAGAGUAACACAUGUGAGGUCUACGGAAGCAAGACUCGGAGCUCCCGGAGAGUCUGUGAGGAAGACCCACAGAAAGAAUUUUAUUAUAGAUAUGACACUCCAGGACAAGAUGACUCAAAUCACAGUGGAGGAUAUACCUUUGUCCAGUCUCACUUCUUACAUGAAAAUAAAAUCUCUGCAUCUUCUUGUUCAAAAGCAAAAUGGAUCUGGUCCUGGAGAGUGAACUCAGAACCCUUUCAAGAUGAGCGCGAUCCUGCGGCAGGAAAACAUCUCAAGACUUACCUGACUUCUACGUCAGACCUUGUGACACCCUCACCCUUCCCGGGGAUUCCUAGAAUCCAAUCCUUAUGUUCCAGCAGUAGCAUGGAAGAAAUGGAAUCUAAGAUUUUAAACUCGCCUUUGGAUCAUGCCUUAAGGACAGCAACAAAAUUGAAAAAAACUACCGACCAAAUGAUUAAAUCCAUUGCAGAAGACCUCUCCAAAGCACAGCGUUGGAGACGCCAGCUGAGAUACUACUAA